GUAGGUAGGAGCGACACUCGUGCGGCUGGUAUCGUGUACGCGCCGUGGGUGCGACCUAUGGGUGUUUUGCGGUUCGUUGCGGAUCGAUAACGCGUAAAGAGUAUCGAGAGAGCGCGACGCGCGUCUGGAUCGACCUAAGUAAGUAGCAGUAGGAACGUGGCCGUUCGCCGUGGCGUGCCGUGGUCGUUUCCCGUCGCGACGUCGCCGAAUCGUUCGCCAAGUUUUCGCCUGUCACCUGGCACCGGUCACUCGGUUUAUAGCGCGAGUAUCUCUCGCUAGUUGCACCGCGAGAAUCCGCGCGUGUCGGCUCGCGACGCUCGUUGCGCGACAGCGGAAGUCGGCAAAAACGCGCGAGCGACCGUGAAACUCACUUCGAACUGGUCAGGCGGGAAAAACGGGGUCAGCCGUCGUUGGUAUCGCGUGGUAUCGGUGACUGGAGGAAACGAAAGAAACGAAAGUCGUAAAGGUAUAUGCGGCAAAACGUAGACGCGCUUGCGCCUCGUGGGAUACGGACGGACGGACCACGCGCUGCGGCGACACAGAAGCGGAAAGGGAGAGACGCGCGUCGCAGUGGGACUUUUGGAGAGGACGCGGCGUGGACUGUGACGAUCGUGCAAGAUUUGCCGGAAAAGAGAUGACAAAAUAUCCGCUACGAGGACCAAAGAGUCGCGAUACAGUCGCAGUAAUCGGCUGCAAAGACGGAUACUUGUAACACUUGGAGCUUCACUGAUUAAAACGGAUUCGAGUGACCGAGGUAGCCGAGAGAUAUCGCGCGCCUGCUAGAUCCACGGGGCCAGUGGUCGAUCAUUGAUCAAGCAACACGCGUUCGCUGCGGCUUAGACGCUCGACUGAUAGCUACGACGAAAGCUGGCGAUGCCACGAAUAGGAGAUGACGCAAUGCACGAAUCACGGUAGAUGACGCAUUCGAUGACGGAACACUGCCCGAAGAGACGGUAAUGAAAUCGAACGUGCUUAUGACUUGGCAAAGUGGGAACAAUUACGAAUUACUGUCACGAUCACAGUCAUCGCGUUCAUCACGGUGAUCACGACGCUGUCACCGACCAUAUCACCGUCGAGGUGUCGAUACCGAACGUGAAACAACGAAACGAAAUUAAUCCUGAAAGUGGAUGUCGCUAUCCCGCGACGACGAUUACUCGAUCCGUUGGCGAUCGUUGCUCUGCAUCGAGUUCGCGGCACGAAAUCACUGAGAAAGCCUCGGUAGCACGAGUCUCGGUGCAUGGGCGGCAAGGAGGAUCGAAGGGAAAAGGCGAGCAAGAGACAAACGCGGCGACAUCGGUAAGAGAGCGUUGCGAGCAAGAGGGAAGAAAGAUCCACGUAGGUAUGACCCAGGGAAAGCAAAACUGCUGAGAAGCGGUGGCAAAAUCGAGAUAGAGGCAGUGCCGUAGUCCUGGGGGCCCAGGGUAUAUGCAAGAUCUAUUAAUAACUUGUAAUACGGUAGUAGUGGGGCGCUGUCCGCUAGCGGGUGAAAAUAGAAAAGAAUGUUUUUGGAAUCCAAUUGGACUUGGUUGGCCGAACGAUGGGGCAAUAUGGCCGACUUGGCCGAGCGGGUGGACGAUCUGAUAUGCAGUUUCGACUCGGCUGGUGACACGACCAUGGAUACGUUAUCGAUGCUGAUAUUCGGCUGGAUGUUGUUCGGAUUGGUGGUAUUGUGCGUCGGCAAAUACGUUUACAACCGAUUCGUAUUAAACGAGCUCGCUUCUGGGACAAUUGUUACCGCCAAGGACGGCCAUAUCGUCCACGGUGAUAGCGUCGGUGUCAGUGGUGGUGCUGCUGCUGGUGGUGGUGGUGGUAGUGGCGGUACUGGCGGUGGUGGUGGUGCUGGUGGUGCUGGUGGCGGUAGCAGCGGCAAGUUACUUUCGCUUGGCAAGCAAAAAAUCGUUUCAUCGGCUUCGGGAUCGUCGGGGACCGGGGCAGGUGGUGGUGGUGGCGGUGCCGGUUCCGGAUCGCCCGUAGCCGUCAAUCAUCCGUCCAGUGGUGGUGCCAGCCCGAUUUCCGGUUCUUCGCCGACGUCCUAUGUUCCGCCGACACCUCCUGUGCGCAAACGACUCACCGCCAGAAAGACAUCCGGUGGUUUGAUCAGCCCCGCGAGAAGUAGCAGGAGUUUACAUCUGCAGACCGCAACUGGUGCCGAUCCGGACGCGGUGCGCUGGGUCAACGAGAUCAUCGUUUGGCUCUACUCGGACCCUGCGAUUUUGGACGAAUUAUUGGCCGUUUGGGUCGGAUCCCUCAAUCAAUUUACCACCAACUCUGUCGACGAGCAUGGAGUCGGGGUCGAAUUCGUCCGAGUUUUGCCCGAAACUCACCCGCCCAAUCUCUCUAAUAUCUUUUGCGAAUGCGACUCCAAGGAUGAUGUGACGAUCACGUGCGAUUGCGAAGCUACUCCGGCGUUACAGUUGAAAGCGUUCCGCCGGAAAGCUGAUAAGCUCGAAGUUAGCCACUAUCGCGUAAACGUAAAUCGUUUCCGUGCUCGAUUAAACGUCAUCUGUAUCACCGAGAAGCUUCUCCUCGAUCUGAAAUGCGAUGGCUGGCCGGAUGUGAAAGUUUCGCUGGCCCAAGUGGGCACGAUAAAGAAAGAUCUGGAUGAGAGCCAGUUGCAGGAAGUCGUAACGGAAAUCGUAAUAGGCGCAUUAAGGGGGACCAAUGUUCAUCUGAAUUUAUUCCAAUAUCCAAGCUGUCCACGGUUAUGGAGGGAACCAGCCACCACGCAGCCAAGCUUCUCGAUGCCUAUGCAUUACGACAACGUGAACACGACGGGCAGCUCGCUUCAAGUCUCGCGACAACGGCUUCAGACUCAGAGUCCAACACAGACGCAAAAUCAGUACGUAGCCAGCGACAGACGAUUGCUGGUCAAAGUUGUGAAGGCAGCGGAAUUAGGUGGCGAGCAAGGUGCCGUGGAACCGUAUUGCGUCGUGGAAUUGGACGAUCCACCGCAAAAGAAUCAAACAUCCGUUAAGAAGGAUACUAGAAACCCGUUGUGGGACGAGGCAUUCUUGUUCGAUGUCAAUCGUAACACGUCGGAGGUGCUGAUCGAGGUUUACGACCGCGUGAAUAAGUCCCAAAGAUUCUUAGGCUUGGGAAUCGUCGGGAUCGACGAGCUGCUCGCGAAUCCGAGCCAAAGGCAAAUCAUACCUCUGCAAAAUCGACCGUACGAGGAAGAGGAUAUUACCGGCACCCUGACGGUAGAGUUUCUAUUCAUCGAGGGUGCGGAGGUGCCUCAAAUUGGGAGCAAACCUUACAAGGUGAAGGAGACGAUAAAGCCGGUGUCACCGACUCCUCGUACCUACACCCCGACAAAUCUCAUCAGCGACAAUAGUCUAAAUUACAACAAUGGUAACAGCACACUUAUCUUGUACGACUCUACCGUUCAACCCGAUGGGGAUUACCUGACGAACGGCAACGUGGUGGACUCGCCUUACAGAACCGGCCAGAGCAACGGGAACAAAGGGACUCUGAUCGUGCACAGCCAGCAAAGGCAGUCAGAGCGACAGGUGAUUAAGGUCGCCUUGACGGAAAGUGGGAACUGGCAAGAAAUCUCACCGGAGCAUGGGGCGAAAGAUACCAGCUUGACGUCGGGACCAGAAAGUACACCAAAUUCUUCAAAUUCCGAAGAAAGAGGUAGAACGAGGAGAAAACGGCGAGAUUUCUUCGGCACGAUAAAGAAACGACUGAGCCGAUCGAAAACGAGGAGCAGAUCGGUUGGACCGGAAGGUGACGCGAAUCACGAGGAUCCACACUCCAGAUCCAUAUCUGCGGAUCGAGCACGUGAUCCUGGCUCUGCUCGUUUAUCGAUACCAGGAAGGGAAGAGCAAUCGAGACGAUCGAGUCUGAGCGAGGCAUCCGGGAUAAGCGGAGCAUCCACGAGGACUUACGUCAACGAGGCUUCCACCUUGGUUCUGGAGACCCUCGAGAACGGCAUUAAAAAGCAUUACCUCGUGCCAUUGUCGCUCGCACAGAAGAGCAAAUGGCGAAAGAAAGGGACAAAACUUCAUAUAUUCAACGAUCACACUUUCAUAGCGAAACACAUGGCUGGUGGGACAGUGUGCGAAGUAUGUAAACGAACACUUGCGCGAAGACUGGGCAAACAAGGUUACGAGUGUAGAGACUGUCAAAUGAAAUGUCACAAACAUUGUCACGUUAAAGUGGAUACUACGUGUCCCACAUCUACUAUUCAGAGCAUCGAACUAACGUGCAUAAAGGUCCCACGGCCCGAGCGCAGAUCGACCAGUCGCCUCUGCUGAUCCAGUCUCGGAUGAACGCCUUCGACCAGCUGAAACGUUCAUCCUACUUGGGAUCAUGUUCAAGAAACGAAUCAUUUCCCCUGUUAAAUUGUCGUUCAAAUCGCUUCGUACGUAGUCGCCUAUUCGCGAAGCGAAUCACGCUACGCUACACGAUAUUGUAGGCAAUCUCGUGUAAAACAAGCUGCAUGCUACCUACGGUAAUCGUUACGCUUGGCUUCCAAGCACGAAGCGUCUUUGAACGCCAUAGCACCGUUCUGUUAUCCGCUAUUGUUACUAUUACGCUUUUUAAUCUACACAAUCGAACAUACGAACGUUAACGUGAACGUGAACGUAAACGUGAACACGAACGCGAAAGCGAAGCGAACGAAACGAAACGGAUUAUGCGAAAUCGCGGAGAACCGUACCGAUAACUUUCCUCUAGAAGCAAAACGUUCUUCGGUUCGGAUAAUAGCGAAGAGAUAACGAUUAACCCGAGUAGGUGAUAUAGAUAACGUUCGUGACGAAUGAUAAAAUAUUUAUCCGUUACUAUUUAUUCUAGCUUUCUUAUCCCCUGUCGACUUUUCAUGAAACUUUUUACACUUGGAAAAAACGUCCGAUUUUCUAUCGACUCAUAAUUUUAAGCUACUUCUAUCGUAUCCCUCUUUCACCGUUUUCUUCAUUCAUUCGUUCGUUUAUCUGGCUCGCUCCCCCGGGAGCACAGGAGGAACAAUUGCUUUAGGGAUACGCGAUGAAACGUUGAAGAAAUUAUAUCGACAAGAAACGAAACGCGUGAACGAUAGUGCCUCUAGAUACGAAAGUUUGUGGUUAACUUUGAAAUAUUGUAUCUUUAUCCCGUGAAAGUAAUACUUUUGACAAUAUUUUCGAUCGUUAUGCGACAAACUCGAUCGAUCGAUCAAAAUCAAACGCUUCAACGCGCACACUUGUGCCUAUGUAUCGUGCGUAAAGAAAGCAUCGUAAUCUUCGAAUGAUACCUAUUACCGGCUGAUGAAUAUUAAUAUAAUUAUUACGAUUGAUGAUUACGAUUAUCACAAUUAUCAUUAUUAUUGCUAUUAUUAUUAUUAUUAUUAUUGUUGUUGUUACUAAUGUCAUUGUUACGAUUGUUACUACCACUACACCCAUCGAGAAUAGCAGAAUAGAUAGCGGUCACGAAUGGUUCACGGCGAUACUCGAACGAAAAUUCGAACAGCGGUUGUAACGAUGAUGAUAAUGAUAAUAAUACUGUGUUA